AUCACAUGCAUAUAGGUAUAUAAGAAUGAGCUGGUUAUCAUAAAACGAUUAUUUUAUUAAAAAUUUCGUAAAUUGAGAAACGUGUCUAUCUCUAGUGCCUAAUUGCUUGCGUUGUUUUGUCGAAAGAUUACUCUGAGUAAAAUCAUUACUUGAUUGAUUUGUGAAGUGCGCGAUUUAGUCUAUUACGAGUACCUACUUUUGUCUGCCUAUUUACUCAAGGUGUGCAUUUGUGCAGUAUGAGUCUAUUUUGCAGUUUACUUUUAAUUCUCGUAAUUGUGUUGUUGUAUUUGUGUUGGUUUUUCAAAAAAUCUCAUACGUAUUUCAACGAUAAAUGUUUUCCCACCUUGGAACCUACUUUCGUUCUUGGCAAUUUGGCAGAUGCCAUUCUACUGAGGAAAUCCUUAGCUGUGACAGUUUACGAUUUGUAUGAAAAGUUAAGACCUUAUAAAUAUGCCGGAUUGUAUUGGUUGCACAGACCUUUCGUUAUGCUCAGAGAUCCUGAAAUGAUUAAGAAUAUUCUCAUCAGAGAUUUUGCACAUUUUCCUGAUCGUGGGAUUCAUUGCGAUGAGAAAGAAGAACCUUUGAAUAACAAUUUGAUACGGAUGGGUUCUGGCGAUAAAUGGAAAUGCAUAAGAAUGAAAAUAAGCCCAUUGUUUACUUCUGGAAAGUUGAAAAUGAUCAUUCCGCCGGUUCAAGAAUGUGCCAAUAAAUUAUCUGAAGUAAUAGAUCGAACCCAAGGUGAACCAUUUGACAUGAAAGAACUAAGCGAGAGGUUUUCCAUCGACGUUAUCGGAAAUUGCGCUUUUGGAAUGGACACCUCAGCGUUGGAAAAUCCACGUUCACCUUUUUUAAAAAUGGGGAAAGAAAUUUUCAAAUUUAGAUAUCAACCAAUAAUACGUCAUUUUUUUCCUGCUUUAAAGAAAUUCUGGAUAAAAAUAUUCAAUUUGAGGUACAUUGACAAAGAAGUGGAAACAUUCUUCUCGAAUAUUAUUCACGAAGCAAUCAAACUGCGAGAAAAAAGUCAGACGACAAAAAACGAUUUAAUGGAUUCAUUAUUGGCGUUGAGGAACGAUAACGUGGACGACUGUGCCAAUUUAAAAAUGAAUUGAAUGAAAUGAAUCCGGAUAGAAAUUCGAUAAAUGAUACAGAAAUGACGACAGAAUUAAUGGUUGCUCAGUGCUAUUUAUUUUUCGCUGCUGGUUUUGAAACAACGUCUUCGGGAUUUGCGUACCUUCUAUUAGAACUAGCUUUAAAUCAAACGAUCCAAAAUAAAGUGAGGGAAGAGAUUAUACAAGUUUUAGAAAAAAACAAUGGGCAAAUCACCCAUGAAAGUUUAAAAGAGAUGAUUUAUUGCGACAUGGCAAUCGC